AUGGAUAUCGAGGCUUUCCGCAAAGCAGGCUAUGCGGCGAUUGACAGGAUAUGCGACUACUACUCCACCCUCCAAGGUCGCCCGGUAGUGCCGUCUGUUCAGCCAGGUUUCCUCACCAACGCGCUGCCCACUAGCCCUCCUGAGGUUGGAGAGGAUUUCGAAGUCAUUGCCGACGAUUUCCAGAAGCUCAUCAUUCCGGGCCUCACUCAUUGGCAACAUCCUUCAUUCUUCGCCUUUUUCCCGACCGCAGGCACAUUUGAAAGCAUGCUGGGUGAUCUGCUGUCAAGCAGCGUCAGCAAUCCUGGAUUCAACGCAAGUUCUUCUACGUAUGAUGAUUAA